AUGCCUGACAUCGAAGAAGUUCAACCUAUGGACGAAGAGGCCGAAGCUGAAACCUUCGCGUUUCAAGCCGAAAUUGCGCAGCUUAUGAGCCUGAUCAUCAACACUUUUUACUCCAACAAGGAAAUCUUCCUGAGAGAGUUGAUUUCUAACUCUUCUGAUGCCUUGGAUAAAAUCCGUUAUGAAAGUCUCACUGACCCAACCAAGCUUGAUUCCUGCCAAGACCUCAAGAUYGAAAUUGUUCCCAAYAAAGAGGAAAACUGCUUGAUCAUCCGUGAUACUGGUAUUGGUAUGACCAAAGCUGACCUGGUCAACAAUCUUGGUACUAUUGCAAAGAGUGGCACUAAAUCCUUCAUGGAAGCUUUGAAGGCUGGUGCAGACAUCUCUAUGAUAGGUCAAUUUGGUGUUGGUUUCUACUCUGCAUACCUGGUUGCCAGCAAAGUAGUGGUACACACCAAGCACAACGAUGACGAGCAGUAUAUUUGGGAAUCAGCAGCAGGAGGUUCUUUCACCGUCCGUCGUGACACUGGUGAGCCACUUGGCCGAGGAACCAAGAUUAUGUUGUACAUGAAAGAAGACCAAAUGGACUACAUUGAAGAGAAGAAAAUCAAAGAGAUUGUCAAGAAGCACAGCCAGUUCAUUGGAUACCCAAUUGGCCUACAGCUUGAGAAAGAAAGAGACAAGGAGGUUAGCGAUGAUGAAGAAGAGGAGGAAGAGAAGAAGGAGGAAGAUGCUGAGGAGGAAGACAAGGAUAAACCAAAAAUUGAAGACGUAGAUGAGAAUGAGGAAAAAGAGAAAGAAAAAAAGAAAAAGAAAAUCAAAGAAAAAUACACCGACUUGGAGGUACUGAACAAAACAAAGCCAAUCUGGAUGAGAAACACCGACGAAAUCACCAAUGAAGAAUAUGGAGAGUUCUACAAGAGUCUGACCAAUGACUGGGAAGACCACUUGGCUGUAAAGCACUUCUCUGUGGAAGGACAGCUUGAGUUCCGUGCCCUUCUCUAUGUUCCUAAGAGAGCACCAUUUGAUCUCUUUGAAAACAAGAAGAAAAGAAAUAACAUCAAGUUGUAUGUUCGACGUGUGUUUAUUAUGGACAAUUGUGAAGAUUUGAUUCCUGAAUAUCUUGGAUUCAUUAAGGGUGUUGUUGACUCUGAAGAUCUUCCUCUAAACAUCUCAAGAGAAAUGCUUCAACAGAAUAAAAUCCUCAAAGUCAUCCGCAAGAAUCUGGUCAAGAAGUGUCUGGAGCUUUUCAACGAAAUUGCAGAAGACAAAGAUAACUACAAAAAGAUGUACGAACAAUUCAGCAAAAACAUUAAACUUGGCAUCCACGAAGACAGUGUUAACAGGGCUAAGAUCGCAGAGUUACUGCGAUACCACUCGUCCACAUCAGGUGAUGAAAUGACCUCAUUGAAAGAUUACGUUUCACGCAUGAAGGAUAACCAGAAAGACAUCUACUUCAUCACUGGUGAAAGCAAAGAGCAAGUUGCACAUUCUGCAUUCGUAGAAAGAGUCAAGAAGCGUGGAUUUGAGGUCCUUUACAUGGUGGAACCAAUUGAUGAGUAUGCCGUCCAGCAACUUAAAGAGUAUGAUGGCAAGAAACUUGUUAGUGUUACCAAGGAAGGUCUUGAACUCCCUGAAGAUGAGGAUGAGAAAAAGAAGCGAGAAGAAAAGGUUGCACAAUAUGAAAAUCUCUGCAAGAUCAUCAAAGACAUCUUGGACAAGAAGAUUGAAAAGGUAGUAGUAUCCUCUCGUCUUGUCUCUUCUCCCUGUUGUAUUGUCACAAGUCAGUUUGGAUGGACUGCAAACAUGGAGCGUAUCAUGAAAGCCCAAGCUCUGCGUGACAACAGCACCCUUGGUUACAUGGCUGCCAAGAAACACCUAGAAAUCAACCCUGACCAYGCUAUUAUGGAAACAUUAAAAAGGAAAGUUGAAGAAAACAAGAACGACAAAUCAGUCAAAGAUCUCGUCAUGCUUCUCUAUGAAACAGCUCUGAUGUCUUCUGGAUUCACACUCGACGAUCCUCAGGUCCAUGCUGGUCGUAUCUACAGAAUGAUUGGACUUGGUCUUGGUAUUGAUGAAGAUGCUGAAGCUGAAGCUGCCACUGAUGAUGCAGUAGUUGACGAUAUGCCACCCCUUGAAGGUGAUGACGCAGAUGAUGCUUCUAAGAUGGAAGAAGUCGACUAAGUUAUUCAAGCUUACAGAUGCUAAUAGAAUGAACUAUGCUGCAUUGUUCGCUUUGCAACAAGUCAUGCUCAACAGUUGAAUUCAAAAAGCUCGAACAUUCAAAAGUACUACAAUUCAAUAGUGCAAUGGUCAUAUUAGAUUUUUGUUAGGAAGUGUGAGGUUGUGCAAUUUAUAUUCUGACACGUUUUUUUAUAUUAUUUCGAUGUCUGCUGUUUCAUUUAACCCAUAAGCAUUAUUACUGGCUGUAAUACGAACAUAUCGCGCUUAUAAGCAUUCUGCAUUCCUCAAAAUUUAGUAAAAAGAAAAACAAUAAAGAUUCAUAAGUUGAUAAAUUAA